UACGGCCCUGGAAACAAUCCCUCCCCUUCACGCGCAGAUCGGUCUGGCGUGUCAUCUCUUUCAGUCACAGGUGAUAUCUAUUAGCUUACUUCUGGUGCUGUGAAGAGGUGUCCGGUGGCUCAUCGUCGUCCGUUUAUUUCCGGUGAGACAUUUUCUUUCGUGGCGGUUUGGGUGGGCUGUUGCGCGUGUGGCAGAUGCAGAUCCUGGGCCGGGGACAUGGCUGAUCAUGAUAUGGAGUACCGCUACCUCGAGGGCGAGGCCAUGAAUGAGAACAUCACCGAGGACCCGGAACUUAUGGCCAUUAAAGCCAGGGUUCAAGAGUUGGAGAUGGAAGAACAGACGGAGAGAAUGAAAGAAGAGGAGGACCGAUGUGAUGCAGAGGAGAUGCACAGCGGCUCUCAACCUGGGCCUUUCUACAACAUGACUCCUGAAGAGAGGAUAGAUGCAGACAACAGAUCAGUCUAUGUGGGGAAUGUGGACUAUGGAGCCACUGCAGAUGAGCUGGAGAUCCAUUUCAAUGGUUGUGGUCCUGUCAACAGAGUAACGAUUCUGUGCGACAGGUUCUCUGGGCAUCCUAAAGGUUUUGCCUACAUUGAAUUCUCCGAUCGAAGCUCCGCGCAGAGUGCUGUUGGUCUGCAUGAAACAAUGUUCAGAGGAAGAGUCCUUAAGGUAUUGCCCAAAAGAACCAAUAUGCCAGGGAUUAGCACCACUGACAGGGGAGGACACAGAGGGAGUCACACCAGAGGGAGAGGAAGCAGCCACCGUCCUCCUAGAUAUCAAAAUGGCUUUCGAGGCAGAUUUCGGUACCAGUCAACAAGGCCACAGCACCAAGCCCCCCAUCCUUAUUACCAGGGAGCUUCUGGGGGGAAAAGACAGUGGGGCCACACUGAGUACAACGACCAAACAUCAAAGCGCUACCCAUGUCUCCUCCUCAUCACGCCGCCCUCAGAAGAAGUGGGGUCGGGAUCUAACGGACAGCACUACCCACAGCAGCGCUAGAACAACCCGCAGCUUCCCGCCGCGUUGGAUGGGUGUGAUUUUUAGGCAGCAAAGGCUUCUCUCCUUUGAAAUCAGACUGGAGAUCCAAGUGCUGAGUUUUAACGUUAUGCUGAUUUGAACGCAUGGGACAAGCCUUGAACUCUUUGAUUUAGCUGCAUCUGUUUUUUGGGGGUUUUGUUUUUUUACAAAUUGAUGGGUGUGUCUCGUGUGUGCCUGAAAUGUUAAAAUCCAUUGUAAUGUGCAACUUCUUUACUAUGUGAAUAAAUAAAAACAAUUAAGCAA